AUCAUGACCUCCAUUGUAUACAGAAAAGUCUGCGCUCAUCGGAAUGAUCACGAACGCUAUCGUCAUUUAGUUCCUGGAUUUGGCAACUACACUGAAGAGAAUUGUAAUUUCGCUGUUCGUCAGAAGCGUGUGACCGAAUAUGCCAACUGUUACAUGAUGAACUUACCUUACAAAGGUGAUUUGCCGUCAUGUCGUCCGCAACAAAUGCUCAUUCUUGAUCAACUCGCCAAGACUAAAAUGAAUCUAAACAACGAAGAAUUAGACUGUGUCAGUGAAUGCUGGAAGGAAACUUACGAAUUCUCGGCCAGUUACGCCGAUUUAGAAUUGACGACUAAUUUCCGUUUUGGCAAUUGGUCAAUUUCACCCAAUCAAAGUAACACCUUGGCUGCUAUUAAUUUUUACUACCCGAGCUUCAUGCAAACUCUGAUGGUCAAUCAUUAUCCAACCAUUAACCAAUGGUUUGGAAUUUUGGGUGGCAAUUUAGGCCUAUUCCUUGGCGCCAGUAUGGUGACUGUGAUCGAACUUUUGGUCUUUUGCUUCAGCUGUUGCUGUUCUACCAAAUGAACACGAAAUGUAAACUCGAAACAAAAUAGUUUAUUG